UAUGAAGAAACUGUAGAAAUCCACGCUGCAAUGAGGUCAGUUGAAGUCACUACAAAAGUAGUGGUGUCAAUUAGGCCGGAUAUUGGGAAUGCACAAAAAGAUCCCAAGUUUAGAAUUGAGGGAAAUAUCAAAGAAUCUUUAAAUGAUAUGCAAUUGCUGGAAGAAGCGUAUUACCACUUUCAGAGCUUCAAAGGACUCAUUGUUGGCUUCCUUCUCAGCUCCAAAGAUCGAGAACUGAGUCGAGACUUCUUCCUCAAGAGAACCUAUACCAGCGCUUUUAAGCUGAUAGAGUACGAGCUCAGCUUCAUGUAUGAGGUUCUUCACACCAAGAUUGGAUUGAAGAGAUAAUUAAAAGAAAAUGAUGGAGCCAAGUCAUGCAACAAUUAAAUAGAAGAUGAUCAUUAAAAGCAUAAAGCAUGACAUGUUUUAGGGAUAAAACUUUCUAUGAUUUAAGGGAUUAAAACAUGGCAUUAUUAUAGGAAGAAAGAAGCAAUUUCAAACCCUCCACCUUUCCUCUAUAUAUACAUGGCUUCACCUCUCAAAUAUCAUCACUUCUCAUUAGCAUUCAAGAGCCAAAACUCUACCAAAACACCACCAUAAAAUUCCCUCACAAAUUAGCCAAGCCGUCCACCCCAAAACUAUCAUCAUCUCCACCGAGUUUCACUAUUGAAGACACACCUCCAAGGUUCCUACAACGUGUGAUUCUCGCAACUCAUCUCCAUGGUUUCAUCUAUUUGUGUUAAUCUACAAUUCUUUGUCUAUGAAGAUUGUAAGUU